CGACACGAGUCAAUGAAGAAGAAAAACACCCAACAAGAUUCGGUCGGUGCUAACGCCUUGCUAUUUGGCUUUAUUUCCCCUGACGAUGGAGGGAGGAUUUCAUGUCGAAAAUAAGACCAUUUUCAAAACUUGACUUUCGGUCAAAGCAAGAAACCAUAAGUAAGGGAAGACCAACGGCAGAUUGGCGAGGAUUCAUUCAAACUACGGGCCUCCCGGGACGGACUACAACACGUUCGCUUCAAAAGGAUUGGUACGACUGGCUUUGUGGUUGUGCUGCCAAAAAUCGACUUUGAUUGCUUUCCCUGUCAUCGAGAUCUUCGUCCAGAAGAAUGGACGUCAUUUACAAGUAAAGGUCUUUCUCUUGGUCUGUCACGUUGCAGUCCGUCAUGUGAUGACACUAUCCAUCUUGUGUAUUGGAUCUUGUGCACAGCCAAAGGGAGGAAGGAAGGAAGGAAGGAAGGAGGGAAGGAAGUGAGACAUGCUCUUCGGUUUAUGAAGCCUAACCCACGGACGGACGCAGUGGCUUUGCACUCGAAGCCCAACGUGACUUGUUCAGCUAUGCCGUCCGUCUCUCGUAGUGUACAAUGAACUCUCCCGGGCUGCGUGGAAAUUCACGACGACAAUUUUAAAUGGCCGAAGAGGUUUUAAUCCCGGCAUCUGGCAGAAUAAUCCCGCAUCUUACAGGCUCACUGUUGGCCGUGGCUUUUCUGACUUCCUUUGGAAGUUCCAUGCUCUAUGGAUACAAUUUAGCUGUGGUCAACUCUCCAGCGCUGUAUAUAAAGGACUUCUACAACCAAACGGCGUUGAGGCGCAAUGGAACCGGACUCAGCAGGGAGACACUGACACUGAUGUAUUCACUCACCGUGUCGGUAUUUGCUAUCGGUGGUCUGCUGGGUUCAUUGAUUGUGGGUGUGCUGGUCACUCGCUUCGGCAGGAAAGGGACCGUGGUCAAGAGCACAGUUCUGGUGUUUAUUGGCGGUUCCUUAAUGGGCUUCAGCAGGAGCUGCGGUUCCCCCGAGAUGGUCAUACUGGGUCGUUUCGUAACAGGGAUCCACUCAGGCAUCUCUUUGAGUGUGGUUCCAAUGUACCUGGGUGAGAUUGCGCCCAAAAACCUCCGGGGCUUUCUGGGUCUGGUGCCAAGUAUCUUUAUCGGCACAGGAGUCUUUGCGGCCCAAAUCCUUGGACUCCACGAACUGUUGGGAAAGGAAGAGCACUGGCCUCUGUUUCUCUCUGUGGUGGCGGGACCCACAUUUGUCCAGUUGUUGCUGUUGCCGUGGUUCCCGGAGAGCCCCAGGUACUUGCUGAUUGACAAGCGCAAUGUCCACGCUACCAUCACAGCUCUGAAGCGGUACCGAGCCAAUUGUAACAUCCAGGCCGAGAUUGAGGAGAUGCAGGAAGAGCAGCGCUCCUUGUCGUCAGUGGAGACACUGUCUGUGUGGAAUCUGCUCCUGGACGAGACGGUCCGCUGGCAGGUCCUCAGCGUGGCGGUCGUCAACGUGGGCAUGCAGCUCUCCGGCAUCGACGCUAUCUGGUUCUACACCAAUGACAUCUUUGAGAACGCAGGGAUUCCCACGCCGGAGAUCCCUUACACGACAGCAGGCACAGGCGUGAUCGAGAUCAUCGCUGGGCUCGUUGGGUGUUUCACCAUCGAGAAGCUGGGAAGAAGGCCCCUUAUGGUUGGAGGUUUCACCAUGAUGGGAAUCAGCAGUGCCGGGAUCACGUUGACCCUCAUUUUACAGACUCGUUUAUCCUUCAUGCGUUACGUGAGCGUCUGCUGCGUCGUCGGCAUCAUCGCCGGAUUCUGCAUCGGCCCAGCGGGGGUCCCUUUUUUGCUCACAGCAGAGCUCUUCAAACAGUCCCACCGCCCAGCGGCCUACAUUGUCGGAGGAUCUCUCAACUGGCUUUCCAAUUUCACUGUGGGCUUUGUCUUUCCCUUCUUACAGAUGUCGGCCGGGUCUUACUGCUACUUGGUCUUCGCCAGCAUUUGUCUGUCGGUGGCGGUCUACGUCUACGCUGUCAUACCCGAAACCAAAAACAAGACCUUUAUGGAGAUAAGCCGCUUGUUCUCCAAGAAGCAGCCCGUUCUUGAGACCCAGUGCCUUCUCCUGGUGGAUCAGCUGAAGCUGAAGAAGAUGAACGGCUACGGAGGCCUAGAACAUCACUCGCUGGACUUUGAGAGCUCCUCCUCUAUACCCUAAUGAAGGUUUACGUUUGAACUCUUGAGUGUUCUGAAAAACGUAAUUUCGGUCUCUUUGUGUGUUGUGACAUGUGGAGAGAUUGACAAUAAAGCUGACUUUGACUUUGA